AUGCCUCCCCGACUCCCACGACUCUCACCUGCUCUCUCGAGCUUCCCUCGCAUCAUCUCGCUUCGCGUUACCCUCUCCCGCUACAGCACCAGCAGCGACGAUGCCGUCAUCCAGACUCAACAAGUCCCCGCGCCGGGAUCCGGCAGCAUUCGCGUCCUGCUCCUGAACCGCCCAAAAGCCCGCAACGCCCUCUCCCGGACCCUCCUCGACAACCUGUCCAAGCAGAUCCACUCCAUCGCCGCCGAGGGCGGCACAGGUCCCACCCGCGCCCUGAUCAUCGCCAGCAACGCCGACGCCGCCUUCUGCGCAGGCGCGGACCUCAAAGAGCGAGCGAAGAUGACCAAGGACGAGACGAAUGCAUUCCUCGCCAAACUCCGCGGCACGUUCCACGACCUGGCCGCCCUCCAGAUCCCCACCAUCUCCGCCAUCUCCUCCAUGGCGCUGGGCGGCGGCCUCGAGCUCGCCCUCUGCACGCACCUGCGCGUCUUCGGCUCCUCGGCCAUCGUCGGCUUGCCCGAGACCCGGCUGGCGAUUAUCCCCGGGGCGGGCGGCACGUAUCGUCUCCCUGCGCUGAUCGGGGUCAACCGCGCCCGGGACAUGAUCCUCACGGGCCGCCGGGUGUCGGGUCCCGAGGCGUACUUCCUGGGGCUUUGCGAUCGGCUUGUGGAGAUCCUGCCGGAGGAGGAAGAGAAGGCGGGUGCGGCGCGGGAGAAGGUGCUGCGCGAGAGUAUCAAGCUUGCGCUGGAUAUCUGCGAGGGCGGCCCGAUUGCCAUCAAGCAGGCGAUUCGGGCGGUCGGCGGGUAUCAGCGUGGGGAGGCGGCGGAGAACGAGGCGUACAACGGGGUGAUUGAGACGGAGGAUCGGUACGAGGCGCUCAUGGCUUUUGCGGAGAAGAGGAAGCCUGCGUUUCGGGGGAGGUAG